AUAAACUGUUUACUUUUUGGUUUCCCGAAGAUCCAGCAAAGAAAAAUCUCAGGAUUUCCAAAAUAUAAUCAUCCUGCUGAUUGGCAUUUAGUGAAAUUUGUUAAAUAAAAUUGCCUAGGGCUUCAUUUUCUGUGAUACGGGGUGACAACGGCGCACCGGAUUUCGCUAACUGUUGAAAAAUUGUGUGUUUUCCUGAACUGGUCCUGCCCUUAUAGAAAUUUGCAUUCUUUUUUAUUUACGUGAUUCUUGGCUUCAUUCUCGGAUUGAUUGGGGUUUAGAAAAUACAGGAUGGAACAGCAACAACGGUUCCGGACAGGCGAACGGAUCAACAAUAUCUCAACCAAUACGUUUCAAAUCUGGGAAACGACAGUCCGUCUGGCUCGGAUUCGAACUCUGAUGGAUCAUUUGUGCGCCGCCAAUGACGAGAAUGAUGAGCUAAUUUACUGUCUGCGCGAACCUAAUGAGCCCAUCGAGGAGACCCCAGAGGAUGCUAGUAGCACGGACACCGAUCCGGACGAGGAGGACAGCUCGAUUAACUCCAUAAUCAAAGAUAUUCGCUCGCGACCACGUACCCGCGGGGCCGUCAAAAUGAUAUUUUACAACCGGUUGGCGAUGAUCUCGGACAAAUUGGCACAGGACAUCAAAUUCCGUUCGGAGAACGCGGAGUUCUUCGACGAUCUCGAACUGGUGCUCAGCAGGAUGAGCGAUGAAGCGGCCGAGAUCACAAAGCGAGAAAUAAUGAAAUAUUUGGCCGAAGCCAAGGAACGGCUCGCCAAGAAAGGACGAGAACGACAGCAAUUGCUUCAACAGCAACAACAACAGCAGCAACAAAGUCCUUCUGGUUCCAGUUAAACAGGUCACUCAUGUAGGUAGUAUCGCUCUCCAAAAUUUGGACAGGAAAAAAAAAGAUGAUCAAAUUGAUGAAACUUUCUCCUUAUUUUAAAACGUGAUUUUUACCCACACCAUGGGAUCGAAUGCUUGCACAUUGAAGAAAAGUACUCAUUAACUCGAAUAUUCGGUUUAUUGUAAUACACAUGGAAUGAAUACAUAUAUAUCUUAAUUAGGCGAUCGUCAAUGUACUGUCUGAAUGACUUUAUUUUUCCAUAAUUGUUUAUUUAUAAUUGUUUGCCAGAAUUAUUCCAAUACAAAUGAUUUGAGAAAAUGGAAA